CUUGGCGCGGACUAGGGGACCCGAAACCUGAAUGUCUCAGCGGCCUUUACCUUGCCCCGCUCCUCCACUGCCCGCUGCCCAGUAAUUGAGCACCAGCCUUGCGGGACCCGGCCGGCCACAGGUGGGUGGAGAGCGCGGGUCCACGUCCUCCGACGCUGAGCUGCCGGGCUCGGCGUGCAGGCCCGUGCGGCGCCCUUGCUCCUAGUGUGCUCCCGCCCUCGGCUCCCUUCCUGCUCCCAGUGGAGAAGGUGUGAUCUCCCCUGAGGACCACAGGGAAGCUCUUCUCUUGGGUUUGCUUCUAGCUUUGACCCUUGGGAACGUUGCCUAACACAUUCAAACUACAAUCUAGAAGACCCAAGAGAGCAAGGCCCAGAAAGAGGUCAAGAUGGGGUUUAUAUUCUCAAAAUCUAUGAACGAAAACAUGAAAAACCAACAGGAGUUCAUGCUUAUGAAUGCUCGACUUCAGCUGGAAAGACAGCUAAUGAUGCAGAACGAAAUGAGAGAAAGACAAAUGGCCAUGCAAGUUGCUUGGUCUCGGGAAUUCCUCAAAUAUUUUGGAACAUUUUUUGGCAUUGCAGCCAUCUCUUUAACAGCUGGAGCAAUAAAAAGGAAGAAGCCAGCCUUCCUCUUCCCUAUCAUUCCAUUAGGCUUUGUCCUCACCUACCAGUAUGACUUGGGCUAUGGAACCCUUCUACAAAGAAUGAAAGGUGAAGCUGAGAACAUAUUGGAAAAAGAAAAAAAUAAGUUACAGCUGCCAAAAGGAAUGAUUACUUUUGAAAGCCUUGAAAAAGCCAGAAGGGAACAAAGUAAAUUCUUCAUAGACAAAUGAUAUCAUGUUUACCCACUGAAACUCAAAACACAAAAUUGUUGACUUGAAUAAUGGUUUUCACAAUUGUUUAAGUGUUCAAGAUUUUGAUAUACUGGAUUUUAUUUUAAAAUAUUAAAAUGUAAGAUCAGGUUUGUUAAACUAUUUUGAAAUAAAAUUUAUAACAUUCAACAAAAAAAGGAGGUACUCUAAGUAACUUUUAGAUUUCCCAUAUAUGUAUAUUAUAAAUAUGUAAAUAUAAAGUUAAUAAACUAUAUUGUUUUGAACUCCUGAAAGCAAA